AUGGCUCGAAAUGAGGAAAAGGCACAGUCCAUGCUAUAUCGUUUCCGGGAGGCCCAAGCUGCAGAGCUUGGGUUGGGCACCCGUGGAGACCGUCGCCCGCGAAUGGCAAGUGCUUGCAAGAGUUUGAGGGAGUGUGAACGCUGGAGGGGCGAGAUCCUACGAGAAAUAAGUCGGAAGGUCUCAAAGAUCCAAGAUUCUGGGUUAACCGACUACGAGGUACGCGACUUGAACGACGAGAUCAACAAGUUAUUACGGGAGAAGAGACAUUGGGAGAACCAGAUAGUAGCUCUGGGGGGUGCAAAUUAUCGGCGGAAUGUUGCUAUGCUUGAUGACGACGGGAAGGAAGUGCCAGGGACGAAAGGUUACAAGUACUUUGGUCGCGCCAAGGACUUGCCUGGUGUUCGUGAACUAUUCCAAAGCAGGAAGCAGGAGGAAGAGGAAGAGAAUCAAGCCUACGCAUUCUACAAGAAAUUCAUGAACCAAGGGCCCUCGUAUUACGGUGACACGGACGAAAACGACGGGGAAAUACUCAAGUACGAAGCGAAUGCGGAGAAUGAAGAAUGGGAAGAAGCAUACUCGAAUCUUCGUGAAGCCUUGGGAAUACCUACCGAUGGGCCUAUACCUAAAUUCCAGCGAGAAGAGGUUAACGGCCGGCCUCCACCUCCGAUAGACGGAAACGCGAGUGCCGGAAACAAACGCAAAGCAUCGGAGGACGACGAUGUUGACAUGGAUGUCAAACGGACAAAAGCCGACUCCCAGCCAGAUGGGCGGGUAACUCAGGCAACUCCGAACGAACCUGCUCGCCUUCACGCCCAAAUGGCUGCUUCCUAUAUAUCAUUUAUAGACGCCGACAUACUACUGCCCCCCAAAAUGCCGACACGAGACGAGAUGGAGAAGGUGUUGCUAGAGCUUAGGAAGAAAGCACUGGUAGAGGAGUACUUUGGUGAAGAGUCAUGA